AUGCGUCUCUCAACCCUCGCCACGACGGCCGUCGUCGCCCUGGCCCCUUACGCGAUCGAGGCCAAGUUUGAGCAGAUCGGCGUGCCCAAGGUCAUCAAGCCGGGCGAGCCGUUCACCGCCCAGGUCCGCGUGCUGGCGGCGCAGCCGUCGCACGACUACAUGUACUGGGGCGUGCGGAAGUUCGACUACGAGUGGAACAGCUUCCCGAGCCCGGGCACCGUGGGGGGCAAGUUCCAGAAGACGGAUUUGAAUGCUGUCCUCAGCGGAGGGUACUACGACAGCAUCCCCGGCCUCGUUGUCCCCGAGGGCACCGAACCGGGCGAGUAUGCGCUCCAGGGCGCGAUGCUGGGGUGGUACGGCGCGGGGGUUGUGCCGGCGCUCGAGACGUGGUGGUGGAACGUGACGAUUGGGGACGCCACGAGCGCGGAGCUGGUGUGGGUUUCGGACCGGGCGGAGAACUCGAGGAGCUGCGUGCCGUACUGA